UCUAAACUUCUUUGACGUGAACGUACAGAAAGAAAAAACGAGAGAGAGUCUCCAAUGGUGGCAUGGACCAGUUAGAAACGAAGCAUCCCUCAAAUUCACACAAUCUCUUUUCUUUCGCAUUAGGUUUCAAUUCGAAAAAGCUUCUGAAAUCUUUCAACACGUCUUGCAUUUUCCCCCCUUUUCUCUCUCUAUAUAUAAAUAUAUAUAUACACGCAACUCUGUUUUGGUGCGUGGUUAUACGUCUGCAAGAUGAAGACGUCUCUAAGGAAACUGCGAGGAUUUGCCGCGCUUCGACAUGAUAGAAGAGAACGGAAGCUCCGAUCCUGCACUAAGGAAGAUGAGUUGGCUCAGGCUAAUCAGGAUAUGCAAGACACGAGAGACUGCUAUGAAAAAUUGCUUUCUGCGGCUGCAGCGACAGCAAACAGUGCAUAUGAAUUUUCAGAGUCACUGGGGGAAAUGGGCGACUGUCUUCUUGAAAAGACAGCAUUGGUUGAUGACCAAGAUAGUGGUAAAGUGUUACUCAUGCUGGGCAAGGUUCAAUUUCAACUCCAGAAACUUUUAGAUACUUAUCGGUCCCAUAUUUCUCAAACAAUCACAGCACCAUCAGAGUCCCUCCUCCAUGAACUAAACAUAGUUGAGGACAUGAAGAAGCAAUGUGAUGCAAAAAGAGAAGCAUUCGAUCUCUUGAUGCAAAAAUAUAGAGAGAAAGGAAAACUAAGGGGAACAAAAGGAGAGGGUUUUUCUUCUCACAAGCUGCAAGCAGCUUACGAUGAGUAUGAUAAUGGAGCAAAUGUUUUUGUACUUCGAAUGAAGUCUCUCAGGCAAGGGCAAUCCCUCAGUCUUCUAACACAGGCUUCUCGACAUCAUGCUGCUCAGUUGUCUUUCUUUAGGAAGGCAGUCAAAUCUCUAGAGGAGAUAGAGCCACAUGUCAAAUUGGUAACUGAACUGCAGCAUAUUGAUUACCCGUUUAGCGGACUUGGGGAUGACAGCUGGGAUGAUAUUGCAGAUGAUAAUGACGGAUAUGAUACUUAUGAAUCUAAAGAUGAAUCUGGAUCAGAUGAUGAUGGUGAGCUGAGUUUUGAUUAUGGACAGAGUGACCAGGAACAUGUGUCAACCAAAUCAAUGGAGUUGGAUGGCAGUGAUAUUACAUUUCCUCAAGUUGCUAAAGCAGAUUCAGCAAAGGAAAAUCCAAGAAGAAGUAUUGGCGGGAUCUCUUUUGCUUUCCGCAGAGAGAAUCAAGCAAGCAGCAAAUCUGCACCACUCUUGGCUGAAUUGAAAUUCGAUCACACUGAUCGUGCUAUGCAAAUGGGUUCCUCACCCUCAUACAAGAUUCACUCCUAUGUGUUACCCACACCAGUUGAGAAAGACAGUAGAGUUUCAUUCAAACUAGACACUGAAGUUCCUCAAACAAGACGAACCAGCUUUAGUAAAUCUACAGAAAAUUUGUGGCAUUCAUCUCCUUUGGAUAGAAACAAGUAUGAAAAGCUCGGGGCUACUGAUAAGGUAUCUGAACAUACGAUCUUUAAUUCUCAAUCUGUGCUGAAAGAGAGCAACAACAAUUCAAAGUCGAGUCGGUUAGUGUCAGAAGGCCAUUCAUUACCUCGACUUGAUCCAUUUUCUGCCUCCGAUGCUAAAAAGCUCAAAAGACAAGCCUAUUCUGGACCCUUGACUGAAAAAACAUGGCCAAACAAUCCAUCCUUUUCUACUAGUGGUCCAAUGCUCUCUACAGGGUACACUCAGCAGCGAUUUUCUGGAUCUCUCUUGCGCACUCCUCUACCCCAGCCUUCAUCAACUCCAAAGUUUGCUUCACUUUCUUCUUCUCCUCCAUUCAUGUCAUCCUCACCUAAAAUUAGUGAGCUGCACGAGUUACCAAGACCGCCACCCAAUUUAUCUUCCCCAACACCACCCUCAAAUCUUGUUGCUCAUUCAGGGCCGUUGGCUUCUAAGGGUCCAGGGCUUUCUCCUACAUACAGGACAGCAUCUACACUCCCCGUGCCUCCUACAGCUUUCCCUCGUAGUUAUUCAAUACCCAUCAGAGGCGAAACUGAAACAGCAUUGCGGGCAUCUAAGCCUGUAAUAGAUGUUCCUUCAUCUCCUUCGGUUUCACUGCCCUUGUCAAACAUACAACAACCUACACCUCCUGCUUCCUGAGCCUUUAUAUCAAGUGAAAGGUACCCAAGACAACCCUCAUGGGCUUUAAAUAAGUUCUUCAUCAUUUGCUUUUCUGUUCUAAGUUUAUUUCUGUAACUGGGUGUACUUCUGGUCAGUGGAAGGCUCAUGCAGAGAGAUUUUGUAAUGCAGCCCAAAGUGGGGUAUAUAGCAUAGGACUUAGGGGCAUAGUUCUUCUUUCUUGGGGUUCAGUUUCAGGCUCAUAGCUAUAUACAUACAUACUGUACAAAGUGUGCCACCAGGAAAGAGAACAAGCCUAUUUUGUCUUGUUUCAA